AUGGCUACUUCCAAUCCUCCCAUAGGGGAGUCCAUCUUGAACAGCACUUCCCACGUAUCCGAGUUCACGUAUCCUGAAGGCGGUUUCGCUGCCUGGACUGUUGCGAUCGGCUGUUGGUGCUCGAUGACCGCAGGCUUAGGCCUUGUUAAUUCAGUCGGCUUCUUGGAGGCUUAUGUCUCCUACAACAUGCUUCCUUCCUCCUCACCAAGUGCCAUAGGUUGGAUUUUUGGUACCUACGAUUUUCCUUCGUACUUCUGCGGUGUACAGAUUGGCCCUAUCUUUGACGCAAGAGGUCCACGAGAGUUGAUGAUCCUGGGCAGUGUCUGCUCUCUUGUUGGAAUAUUUUGUCUGGGUCUCUGCACAGAAUACUAUCAGUUCAUCUUGUCAUUGUCCAUCCUGAACGGCAUUGGUUCCUCCUUUCUCUUCACUCCGGCUAUGGGCACUAUAUCACACUGGUUCAACGCUAGGCGCGGCUUGGCCAGCGGCUUCGCUUUCACUGGUAGUGGACUUGAAGGCGUGAUAUUUCCGCUAAUGUUGCAGUCAUUAAUUCCACGCCUGGGUUGGGGAUGGUCGAUACGCUUGGUAGGGUUUGUGCUUCUCUUUCUGUGUAUUGUCAGUGUAGUGCUCUGCCGGAGCCGCCUGCCACCGAAGCGUGGUGCAACAAGCUGUUGGCGUGACGUUCUACCCAGUGCAGCCAUCUUCCGCGACGGAAUUGGCGCAAUGGCCGUCACAUCUGCCGGAGUUCUUUUAGUCGAAUGGGCAUACUUCGUUCCCGUCACAUACUUACCAACAUACUACCUCACAAGAAAAGGGCUAUCUGGCCGGCAAGCAAUACUAUGCGGGACACAGGACUAUGGUCGAUACUAUGCGAGCGCUUACACAUUGGUUAGUUUCGGGUGUUUGACCGGCAUUCCUAUUGCCGGAAGCCUGAUGAAGGCUACUGGUGAUUCUGGCAGGAAGAGCUUCUGGGGGUAUAUCCUGUUUACAGGCCUGAUUUACAUUGCCUCAUUUGCAUGCUUUCUAUGGGUGCGAGUGCGUAUCAAGGGCUGGAACUGGAAAGUUGUUUGGUAG